AUGCCAUUGACCGGAACCACGACAAAACACGACAACUACGAUAACCCGACAGAGGCAGACAGGAUGGCGGCCUCCGAGAAUCUGAUCGACUUCGACAUCAUCGAGAACCAAAAAGAGAACAUACAGGCCUUACCUGGCGGACGCUCGGCGCGAGCUCUGGCCAGUAUGUUUUCACCGUUACCCCUCCACAAAUUAGCGACACCGACACCUUCAGACACCAAAAACCUGAACGACUUAGCGCGACAAGAGUUCGAAAUAGAGUUAGAGAAUAUCUCAGAAUCCGAUGACCCAUUAGAUAUUUACGAUCGCUAUGUUCGGUGGACUCUCGAGGCAUACCCAUCUGCGCAAGCAACACCGUCAUCACAACUCCUUCCGCUGCUUGAACGCGCAACAAAAACAUUUCUCAAUUCGGCGCAAUACAAAAAUGAUCCACGAUACCUCAAGUUAUGGCUUUCCUAUAUUCGUUUCUUUUCAGAUACCCCACGCGAGACGUUCGCAUUCUUAUCGCGUCACAACAUUGGAGAUGGAUUGGCGUUAUUUUAUGAAGAGUUCGCUGCUUGGUUAGAGGGCGCAGGGCGCUGGACGCAGGCUGAAGAGGUUUACAAACUUGGGAUUGAUAAGGAAGCUCGACCUGCUCCGAGAUUAUUACGGAAAUUCAACGAGUUUCAACAGCGCUACGCUCAGCAGCCGGAAGAUGUUAUGCAGCCUUCUUCGCCGGCUCUACCUACGGUACGUGCGGCAUUGGGCGUGAAAGUUGACCCUUUCGCUGCUGCUGCACCUAGAGAUCCCCAAGCGCCUAGACCAAAUUCGGGAGUGGGCGGGUCUGCUACAACGAAGAGUGGUAAACCAAAACUUGCGAUCUUCUCGGAUGCGGAUGAGGCUGCUCCAGCGGUCUCAGGAGCUGGAACAACCGGAUGGCAAAGUAUUGGAUCGCUGUCAGAUCGUAAAAAGGAGAAUGUUAUGGCGCCUAAACCUAUGGUGGGUGAAACUUUGAAGGCUGGUGGGAAGAAAAGCAGUACGAAAAUGGCGGUAUUCAAGGAUGAGUCUUUACCACGUUACGAAUAUCAACAAGUUAUCAAUCCUGCUCAGCAACAAGUGACAGUCAAUGUGAAAGGAAGAACCGAACGUAUUUCUGUUAACCUAGAAGCACUGUAUCCAAGUCCUGAUAUUGUGGGCUCUGAAUUAUGCUUGGAAGAAUUGAGAGCCGCGAGCAGAGGGUGGCUAAUGAAGGUUUGGGUGUCUGAAAUACCUUCUCAUCAAGAUUUUGAUGUCGCUGAGCCAUUGGAUGAACAAUUUGAUGUUGUUGAGCCAAUCGUUAAAAAAGUCGAAACGCUUGUAAUUGCACGAGGCCCAGUAACAAUCCCCCUUGAUGAGAAUGGCGAAAUUGUUAAAUCGACAAAUCGAGACGGGCGGGGUCGCAAGAUGAAAAUCAAAGAAGUCAACGAGACCCAAAUAAUAAAAGCGAAACUCGAAUCACCUUCCGGAAAGAAAAUGACCAAGCGAAAAUCAUCCAAGGAACAAACAAUGACAUUGCAUACUCGUGCAGCAACUGAUGAGAUAUAUGAUUUAUUUAGCCAGCCGCUACCCGCCGAAGAGGAGCAAGAAGAAGAAGAGGAGAGCAGCGAUGAUGAUGGUGAUACGACCGAUGGCGACUACACCAGCGGCGGGGAAAGUACAACGACAGGGCGACUACCAACUACUAGCGAGGCCGGCGACGAUGAAGAUGAUGAGCAUGAUGAUGAGACCUCAGAUGUGAAAAGUGUGAGCGAAUGGUCAGAAUUUACCGCGAGGAAGCAUAUACCAGAUAUAGAUGAAGAUGACGAGGAGCACGACGAUACACGAGCAUCGAAAUCGACCGCAGCAGAGGACACGUUCGAUGCUAUUGAAGUGGAAUUACCACGGCGUCGUGAUGAGGAAGAAUUGGUGACUCCAAUUUCUCCAGAUGCUCCGUCUAAUGGCCGAAUGAUGUUUGUCCCCAUACCGCCAGAAGACUAUGAGCCAGCUAUGCGGCCCUAUCGAGACCCUUCACAAGUUUGUCAAAAUCGAUUGCCUUUCAUGACACCGAUUGCUGAGAAGACAGAAUCAUCGCUCGGAUUACCUACUGCACGGGGCCAAAAGGACUAUUUCAAUUCAAAGACACCUAGCAAAGGCAAUGCUCGUGAACGGGUAAUUGAGCUGGGUAGUAGUCCAUUUAGGGAAAUCAUCAACGAAGCUCGCCCGGUGGAACGAAUAGCACAACCGCAGCUAGUCAAACAAACCAAGCCACAGAAGGUCGCGCAGGUAGUGGCAAAGGUGCCCUUUGCAAAAGAGAUGGCCAACAAAGGGCCCAUCAUCAAGGAUGCUCAGUGCAAUCCGGUUGAUGACUACACCCGUGCGUUGAUUCUUGAGCAACUUCAACCACCUCUGUCAACAUAUGAAGGCUUCUUUGAACACAAGAAUGAGGACGGAAGCCGCAGCACGGAAAUAAAAAAAUUCGCCAAAGCAAUGGCAAAAAUCACCAAAAACGCUAGCGACAAGACAACGACAAAUCUCUCCAUGCCACCAACUCUCCGUUUCCCUGGCACCUCCCGAGAAUAUAUCGUCAAGCGUGAACUAGGAGCUGGAGCUUUUGCACCAGUUUACCUAUUGGAAAAUGUCGCUGCGAAUGAUGAGGAUGAGAACUCCGUCGCUGUCAUGGGUAAAGGGGCAUUCUCCGCCACGCAACGGAAGGAUCUAGAAGCCCUGAAGAUGGAAGAUCCGCCAUCAGCUUGGGAAUUCUAUAUCAUGCGUCAAGCCAAAAGACGACUUGGCGUCUCUCGUGCUGCUGAAAGUAUUAUCAAUGUGUAUGAAAUGCAUCUUUACAAAGAUGAGUGCUACCUCAUAGAAGAAUUCCGCGAGCAAGGAACUCUUCUCGAUGCCAUCAACCUCGCCCGCACGGACUCUACAGCUACCGGUCCAGGCGUUAUGGAUGAACUUAUGGUCAUGUUCUUUACAGUUGAGCUUUUCCGAACCAUGGAGUCACUUCAUUCCAAAUCUCUUCUCCACGGCGAUCUCAAAGCCGACAACUGUCUCGUCCGGCUCGAUGCCCUAUCAGACUCUGAAGUCUGGACACCCCAGUUCAGGCGAGACGGCACAGGCGGCUGGAACAAGAAAGGCAUUGCCUUGAUCGAUUUCGGCCGCGGAAUUGACAUGAAAGCCUUCCGUCCAGACGUCCAAUUCAUCGCCGACUGGAAAACCGGUCCCCAAGACUGUGCCGAAAUGCGUGAACUCCGACCAUGGACCUGGCAAAUUGACUACCACGGCCUCGCCGGUAUCAUCCACAGCAUGUUGUUCGGCAAAUACAUCGACACAGUCGCAGACAAAGGUGCCGGACUAGGUGCGCAAGGCGCGAAGACCUGGCGUAUCAGGGAAUCACUCAAGAGGUACUGGCAGACGGAGAUUUGGAGCCAGGUUUUCGCGCUCUUGCUGAAUCCGGCGGCACAUCUUGAGGGGGAGGAAGGAACGAAGAUGCCGGUGCUGAAGGGGAUGAGGGCUGUUAGGGAGGUGAUGGAGGAGUAUUUGGAGGCGAAUUCGGAGAAGGGUGGGGGGUUGCAGGCGGGGAUUAGGAAGUUGGAGGGGGCGCUGGCCAGGAGGAGGUAG